AUGUUGUGCUCCAAAAUUGUCGCCGUCUGCUUUGUCACGGCCACAUUGAUGGUAGCCAAAGCAAACGCGUCACACGAAGGCAAUGCCAGAAGCAGCAACAGCAACUACGAUGACGAUGGUGGUAGCAGCUUACUGCCAGCCUAUGUCUAUACUUUCGACCCCAAGUACUCUGGUGGCGUGAGCGGCACCAUUCGCGUCCAGUACGCCGGUGCCCUCUCCACCUUUGCGAUCAUCAGAUCAUCCCUCGACUUCAACGACGUGAACCAGAGCGAGAUCAUGGUAUUCGAUAGCAAUUGCACCAACGAAGUGAGCGAGUACAAGUGGCACAUUCAUGUCAAAUGGCCCCACGAUCGCGACUCCGAGUCCUUCGAGCAGUGUGGAUUGGCCAUCACUGGUAAUCACUACGACCCAUUGAAGGCGUGCGGUCCCAAUUCCGAGUUUGCCAGAACGGAAGAGUGUCUGCACAAGACCCCAGGAUACAGCUGCAAUCCCAACACGUACGCUGCGAACCCACUGGUUUGCGAAAAAGGCGACUUGUCGGGCAAGUUUGGAGGCAUCAAGCUGGACGACAGCAAACAAGUUAGCAAACUGGACUACGAUUUCAACUACCCGCUGCCAGAAGAGAACACGCCCGAGUGGAACAUGAUUCUCCACGCAGUCUGUGGCCAAGCCACUCCUCGCAUCGCAUGCGCUGUCGGCAAACUAUCGGCUCAAUCUGGAGCCCCGUCUCAAACUACGAGCAAUAGUCCGCCGCUGUAG